UGCACACUGCACAGUCGGAUAUGCUACUGUCUGAGCAUUGACAGUUUAAAGCUAUGCAGUUUGUCAUGCAAAUUUUGAUAUGAUUCCAGUGUGUAUGUGAUUAUAAGAGUUUACUACUUUAGCUAUGUAAACACCUCCUACGACAUGAAUGAAUCCAUGCUUUCGACUGUCACUGCAGCGGUUUGUAACGAGCGCGAUUUCACUCAAAUCAAAAUGCCAUGGAAGUGAUGUGACGUAGGCUAACACGAUGCGAAAGCUAUCAUCAAAGCUCCUGAAACUUCAGCCACACUGUUGUUAUGGAGCCCCAGGAUGAGGCUGCCUGCUUGUUUGAGGACCCUGAUUUCCCUUCGGAAGCGUCCUCCCUGUGCUCAUCAGAUGUCACACCCAUCUCUGCACUGCAAGGAGACAUCACUUGGCUCCGUCCCCAGGACAUUUGUCAGUCUCCUCGGCUUUUCCCGCUUGACCCACCCAAGGCUCAUGCCAAGCAAGGCAUUCUGGGAGAUUGUUGGUUGUUGUGUGCCUGCACUAUGCUGCUGAAGAACAAGGACUUGAUGGACCAGGUGCUGCCAGCAGGUCAGCCGCAGUGGGGGGAGCAGGGCUACUCAGGGCGCUUCUUACUGCACUUCUGGCAGAGGGGUGCGUGGGUGGAGGUCCAGGUGGAUGACCGCCUGCCCUGCAUCGACAACAAGCUCUGCUUCUCCCAGUGCCUGUGUCCCAGUGCCUUCUGGGUUGCACUGCUGGAGAAGGCGUAUGCCAAGCUGCACGGCUCCUACGAGGCCCUAUGGGCGGGCCAGGUGUGUGAGGCGCUGGUGGACCUGAGCGGAGGUGUGGCAGAGCGCUGGAGCCUCCGACACUCCACAGGGGUCAGGGAGCAGGAGGAGGAAAGAGAGGACAGAGGAGACGCACCACCUCCUGCCAGGAGGAGAAAGGAGCUGAAGCUGCCUCAGGCAGUGAAAGAGGGCUGCGCCAUCAGCUGUUCCUUACACAACAACACAGGAGGUGUCAGUGAGCAGUGGCAGUACCAUGCCAUGAGUGUGCUGGAGUGGAGAGAUGUGCAGACUGUUGCCGGGGAAACAGAAUGUUUACUCAGAAUCAGGAACCCAUGGGGGAGACGGUGCUGGAGUGGGGCCUGGGCAGAGAAUGGUACUGGCUGGAAAACCCUGGAGCCAGCCUGUGCCCUGGACCUUCUCAGCCGAACUCAACAAGGGGAAUUCUGGGUCAACAUGGAAGAGUUCCUGAAGGAAUUUGAUGAGGUCACGGUGGGCUAUCCAAUCAUUGAUGGACAUCUACAAAGCAUUUAUACUGGAGCUGUCCUGGCCCACAGGCAGCAGGCACGAGGCCGCUGGCUGAGGGGUCAGUCGGCGGGCGGCUGUCGCAACAGCAGCAGCUACGCCUCCAACCCAAAAUUCUGGCUGAGGCUGGGAGAGCCUGCUGAGGUGCUGCUGUGUCUUUUGCAGCAUGACCCAGAGGAGCGGACCAUGGUGCCCAGCCGCGAUGGGACGAGACAUGGGGGCACCACGCCGCGGGGGGUUAGAGGUCUGGAGCGCAGACACCAGCACGCUAUCGGGCUCCACAUGUGGAAGAUAGAGAAAAAACACUUGAACCUGUCGCGUACGCUAAACCGUGCCCCAUGUGCGAGCACACACUCGCAUGCGUACGAGCGUGAGGUGAUGCUUCAGGCUCAGCUCAGCGCUGGCUUCCACCUGCUCAUUCCCAGCACCUUCCAGCAGGGGGCACAGGCGAGCUUCCUGCUGAGGGUCUACUCCUCCAGCCCCACCACCCUCAGCGCAGUGAGAAUGAGGGAGGCUGUUGCGCCAUCCAGUUCGGAGGGGGAGUGGGAGACCAGCAGCUGCCAUGGCUCAUGGACGCCCGGCUCGUCUGCGGGGGGUAGCCGGAACUUUCCGUCUCAUGGGCAGAACCCCCGAUUCCCUCUCACUGUGACCUAUGACCCAGGCGGACCCAACGUCAGGGUCACACUGUGCCAGAACUGCUCUGAGUCAGCCUGUCAGGCCAUUGGCUUUCACAUUUAUAAGGUCCUUGACGGUGGAGCAGGCAUGUCUUUGGACCAGGAGCCAGUGGCCAGCUGCGUGCCUCACUGCUACUCCCAAGAAGUGAGUCUGGCCUGCAGCCUGAGAACCGGCGCCUACACCAUCAUCCCUUCCACCUACCAGCCAGACUGUAGUGGUCACUUCACCCUCACCCUGGCCCGCAGAAUACACAGAAAAGUGGUACAGAGCCAGGAAAGCCUGGGAUCAGCCAUACAGGAGGUUUCUUACAUCUCUCUGAUGCGCUGCUAGCUGCCGAUCCUCUUCACUACCGACGGUUCUGACGUGGGUCCUCUCUCUUUGGACGCAGAUGAAAGUGGCCGGCGACUUCCCCUUCCUCCUCUCCACCUCCUCCCUUUCCACCGGGCUCCCCCGGACCCCCGCACCCCCAUACGCUCCAGCAGUCCUCCAGUAGCCGAUUAGCACAUCACAGCGCGUCCGCUGGCCGCUCGCUAAUGGGAGACGACACGACUCCGCGGUGUAAACAAACAGGCGCUCGUCCGCCACUCACGAACAAAGAUGUCUCUCAU